AUGUCUCUUUUAGGGACGAUAAAUCCUAAUCUCAACCCAGAGCGUGCAGUGGCAGGUCGAGGAGCUCAGGAGGAGGAAGGAGAAAUUGCCAGGGUCGAAUCCAAUCACCAUAACAAUGCCGCCAGUGUCAGCACUGACGAAACCGCUCUGGAACGGUCAAAGGAGAUCGGCGAUGAGGAUGUCGCAGCGGAAGAAGUCACCCGCCUGGCACGCCGAUUGACCCGUCAAUCGACCAGAUUUUCAACUAGUGGCAAUGUCGAGAAUCCAUUUCUCGAGACCAAGGAGGAUUCGACGCUGAAUCCUCUCAGCCCGAAUUUCAAAGCCAAGAACUGGAUGAAGAAUCUGCUCGCGCUUUCAUCCCGGGAUCCUGAACGGUAUCCCAAGCGUGUGGCGGGUGUUGCUUUCAAAAAUCUCAGUGUCCAUGGCUAUGGUAGCCCGACCGAUUAUCAGAAGGAUGUGUUCAACUCGGCGUUGGAAAUUGGCACCCUUGUCCGCAAUGUCAUGGGUACCGGCAAGCAGAAGAUCCAAAUCCUGCGCGAUUUUGAUGGUCUUGUCAAGAGCGGUGAAAUGCUGGUCGUUCUGGGCCGUCCUGGAAGUGGAUGCUCGACUUUCCUCAAGACCAUCUCCGGCGAAAUGAACGGUAUCUUCAUGGAUGAGAAGUCGUACUUGAACUAUCAGGGUAUCUCGUCCAAGCAGAUGCGCAAGCAGUUCCGUGGUGAGGCUAUCUACACUGCCGAAACUGAUGUGCAUUUCCCGCAGCUGUCCGUGGGGGACACUUUGAAGUUCGCUGCGCUUGCUCGUGCUCCUCGGAAUCGUCUGCCUGGCGUCUCCAGAGAACAGUAUGCCGUGCACAUGCGCGAUGUCGUCAUGGCCAUGCUUGGCCUCACACAUACCAUGAACACAAGAGUCGGCAACGACUUCGUCCGCGGUGUCAGUGGUGGUGAGCGUAAGCGUGUCAGUAUCGCUGAGGCAACUCUCAGUGGAAGCCCGCUGCAGUGCUGGGAUAACAGUACCCGAGGUCUGGACAGUGCGAAUGCGCUCGAAUUCUGCAAGACUUUGAACCUGAUGACCAAGUACGCCGGCGCUACUGUUGCUGUGGCUAUUUACCAAGCCUCCCAGAGUGCUUACGAUGUAUUUGACAAAGUGACUGUUCUGUACGAAGGAAGACAGAUCUACUUUGGACGCACCGACGAAGCCAAGGAAUUCUUCACCAACAUGGGAUUUGCAUGUCCAGAACGUCAGACAACCGCUGAUUUCUUGACUUCUCUCACCAGUCCUUCCGAGCGUGUGGUGAAGCCCGGGUUUGAGGGCAAAGUCCCACAGACCCCUGACGAAUUCGUAAGAGCCUGGAAGAGCAGUGAAGCUUACGCCAAGUUGAUGAGGGAAAUCGAAGAGUACGAUCAGGAGUUCCCAAUUGGCGGUGCGUCGCUCGAAAAGUUCAUCGAGUCCCGCAGAGCAAUGCAGGCGAAAAACCAGCGAGUCAAAUCCCCCUACACCAUUUCCGUAUGGCAGCAGAUCCAGCUGUGCAUGAUCCGUGGUUUCCAACGUCUUAAGGGUGAUUCCAGUUUGACCAUGUCCCAGUUGAUUGGCAACUUCAUCAUGGCCUUGGUUAUUGGAAGUGUUUUCUACAACCUGCCGAACGACACAAGCAGUUUCUACGCCCGUGGUGCUUUGCUUUUCUUUGCCGUGCUGCUUAACGCCUUCUCCAGUGCCCUCGAGAUUUUGACACUAUACGCCCAACGUCCCAUUGUUGAGAAACAAUCCCGCUACGCAAUGUAUCACCCCUUCGCUGAAGCUAUAGCCUCGAUGCUCUGCGACAUGCCUUAUAAGAUCACCAACGCCAUCAUCUUCAACCUUACACUCUAUUUCAUGACAAAUCUUCGCCGCGAACCGGGCGCGUUUUUCGUCUUCUUGCUCUUCUCUUUCGUCACCACAUUAACUAUGUCCAUGCUUUUCCGUACGAUGGCUGCUACGUCCCGGACUCUGUCCCAGGCCCUGGUGCCCGCCGCUAUCCUCAUUUUGGGUCUGGUCAUCUAUACCGGCUUCACGAUUCCGACACGGAAUAUGCUUGGCUGGUCGCGGUGGAUGAACUAUAUCGAUCCCAUCGCAUACGGAUUUGAGAGUUUAAUGGUUAACGAAUUCCACAACCGGCAGUUCUUGUGUCCAGACUCUGGAUUCGUCCCGUCAGGCGGCGCAUACAACAACGAGCCCUUGGCGAAUCGGGUCUGCUCGACAGUCGGUUCAGUUUCCGGCUCUCGCUACGUCCAAGGCGACGACUACCUCCACCAAAGCUUCCAGUACUAUCAGAGCCACCAGUGGAGGAACCUGGGCAUCAUGAUUGCUUUCAUGGUUUUCUUCAUGUUCACCUACUUGACUGCGACCGAGUACAUCUCGGAAUCGAAGUCCAAGGGUGAAGUACUACUGUUCCGACGAGGCCACGCACAGCCCACCGGUUCCCAUGACGUCGAGAAGAGCCCUGAGGUGUCUUCCGCUGCGAAGACGGACGAGUCCAGUGGCAAAGAGGCUACCGGGGCGAUUCAGAGACAGGAGGCAAUCUUUCAAUGGAAGGAUGUGUGCUACGAUAUCAAGAUCAAGGGCGAACCGCGCCGUAUUCUUGAUCAUGUCGACGGCUGGGUCAAGCCCGGUACUUGCACUGCUCUCAUGGGUGUCUCCGGUGCUGGUAAGACGACACUUCUGGAUGUGCUCGCGACCCGUGUAACCAUGGGUGUCGUAUCUGGUGAAAUGCUGGUUGAUGGUCGCCCACGCGAUCAGUCUUUCCAGCGUAAGACCGGCUAUGUGCAGCAACAAGAUCUGCAUCUACAUACCACGACUGUCAGAGAAGCGCUCCGCUUCAGUGCUUUACUUCGGCAGCCCGCUCAUGUUCCCCGCCAGGAGAAAAUUGACUAUGUUGAAGAGGUUAUCAAGCUGCUUGGCAUGGAAUCCUACGCGGAUGCAGUCGUUGGUGUUCCUGGAGAAGGUCUCAAUGUUGAACAACGGAAACGUCUUACAAUUGGAGUCGAACUCGCAGCGAAGCCGCAGUUGCUUCUUUUCCUUGACGAACCUACCUCUGGUCUCGACAGUCAAACUUCCUGGUCCAUUCUCGAUCUGAUCGACACUCUUACCAAGCACGGCCAAGCUAUCUUGUGUACUAUUCAUCAGCCAUCGGCAAUGCUGUUCCAACGAUUCGAUCGUCUGCUGUUUCUUGCCAAAGGUGGCAAGACUGUCUACUUUGGUGAAAUCGGAGAGAAGUCGUCUACUCUUGCCAGCUACUUUGAGAGGAAUGGCGCUCCUAAGCUCCCUGCCGAUGCAAACCCCGCCGAAUGGAUGCUUGAGGUGAUUGGUGCCGCUCCCGGUUCGCAUAGUGACAUCGACUGGCCUGCUGUGUGGUGGGACAGUCCCGAGCGCAAAGCAGUGCAUGAGCACCUUGCUGAAUUGAAAUCGACCCUCUCGCAGAAGCCCAUUGACGCGUCCAAGGCCGACCCCGGCAGUUACAACGAGUUCGCUGCCCCCUUCACCGUUCAGCUGUGGGAAUGUCUGCUUCGUGUAUUCUCGCAAUACUGGCGGACGCCUGUGUACAUCUACUCCAAGACCGCACUCUGCGUCCUCACCGCUCUAUAUAUCGGUUUCUCCUUCUUCAAAGCCAAGAACAGUGCCCAGGGUCUCCAGAACCAGAUGUUCAGUAUUUUCAUGCUGAUGACUAUCUUCGGUAACCUGGUCCAACAGAUCAUGCCCAACUUCUGCACCCAACGGUCUUUGUAUGAAGUCCGUGAGAGACCCUCAAAGACCUACUCCUGGAAGGCAUUCAUGGCCGCCAACAUCAUCGUUGAGCUUCCGUGGAAUACACUCAUGGCCGUCCUGAUCUUCGUCUGCUGGUACUACCCAAUUGGGCUGUACCGGAACGCCGAACCGACCAACUCUGUCCACGAACGCGGAGCACUCAUGUUCCUCCUUAUCUGGUCCUUCCUCCUCUUCACCUCCACCUUUGCGCACAUGAUGAUCGCCGGUAUCGAACUCGCCGAGACCGGAGGCAACCUUGCCAACCUCCUUUUCUCCCUCUGCCUGAUCUUCUGUGGUGUCCUCGCCCCCCCUCAAUCCCUCCCCCGCUUCUGGAUCUUUAUGUACCGCGUCUCGCCGUUCACCUACCUUGUAUCAGGCAUGCUGUCAACUGGUGUAUCAGGCACAUAUGCAGUCUGCGAGGAUGUCGAGCUCCUGCACUUCGACCCACCAGGCAACUUGACCUGCAAGGAUUACAUGGCCGACUACAUCUCACAAAGGGGCGGCUAUCUAGAGGACCCCUCCGCAACCAGCGACUGCGCCUUCUGCACCAUCUCCAGCACAGACACCUUCCUCGGCGCCGUCAGCAGCCACUACAAGGACGCCUGGCGUAACUUUGGCAUCAUGUGGGCUUUCAUCAUCUUUAACAUCUUCGCUGCCGUCUUCAUUUACUGGCUUGCUCGCGUGCCCAAGGGCAAGAGAACCAAGGCUUCGACGUGA